GCCACCAUUUUGAAUCUAAAUCUCGUAAAUUCUCGUUUUAUGGCACCGCUUAAAUAAUGGAUAUUUUCGCAUGGAUAAAAGUAUUCAUGUGUAUUGUCAGUGAGACAUGUGGAUAGAGGGUUCUUGCAAGAAUAUUCCUAGAUCCUCUUUUGGGAAAUAAAAUCAGUGGGUAGGUUGCAUUUUGAUAGAAUGUGUCACAUGAUCACAAGAUCCAAUGAAAUCUCGUCACCGCACCCUGUUUUGGUGAAGGUCAUCAAAGAUGGCGACAAAUUUUUCACUUUGCUGGACAAAGGUCAAUUAAAGUGGCAAAAGCAACGGAAAUGCCAGAGUGAUCUCAAUAUUAUGCAUGUUAAUGGAUUAUGCAAUGUUUGCAUCACAGCUGAGACUCAUUUGUAUGGACAAGAAGAGGGUUUUAAAGGUAAAAUAUUGCAGUACAAUUUACAAAUAAAAUUUGAAUGAAAUGAAAUUUUGUUGAAAUCUGAUGGAGCAAAAAUCAGGUGUUAAUUCAGUGAUCUGUAUGGCUGUAUAUCCUGAUGCCCAGUAUACAGCCUAUAACACCCGUUAUGGAUCCGUUUAAUACGAUCCUACCAAGUCGACCUCUGAGGAGUGAAAAGCAACCAACAAUAAAUUACAACAAAGAUUCGUUAUGGACGGCUGUGUUCGAUUAUGAUGCAUCUAAUGAUGAUGAGCUUACCCUGCGUCAUGGAACGCAAGUUGAAAUUAUUUCGAAAGAUCCAAAAAUCUCAGGGGAUGAAGGUUGGUGGACGGGAAAGGUUGACAGCUUUGUUGGAAUUUUUCCCGCCAACUAUGUGUCAAAACAGUUGGAUGAAAUUUCUCCUCAUGGCAAUGAAGAUCGGCCAUUCGAGGUAGAUUUUCAAGAACUCGAGCUUGAGGAAGUGAUAGGGGUAGGAGGCUUCGGAAAGGUUUAUCGUGGAUACUGGAGAGACAGAGAGGUUGCUGUAAAAGCAGCGCGGCAAGAUCCAGAUGAACCAGUCAGUGUAACAGCGGAAAAUGUACGUCAGGAGGCAAAAUUAUUCUGGCUUUUAAAUCACCCAAAUAUUGUCGGCCUAUGUGGUGUCUGCUUGAAACAACCAAAUCUAUGUCUUGUGCUGGAAUAUUGCAAAGGAGGAUCCUUGAAUAGAAUAUUUACCCAAAGGAAGAUAGGCCUUCAGCCUGAUAUUUUAGUUGAUUGGGCUAUACAGAUAGCUAAAGGGAUGUACUACUUGCACGAGGAAGCUCCGAUGCCACUCAUUCACAGAGAUCUCAAAUCGAGCAAUAUUCUAGUGUUGGAAGAGGUAGAGGAAGACUUCCAAGACAAAACUCUCAAGAUCACAGACUUCGGUCUUGCCAGGGAGGUCUACCAUACGACCAACAUGAGCGCUGCAGGGACCUACGCGUGGAUGGCCCCUGAGGUCAUCAAAUCAUCAACAUUCUCAAAGAGUAGUGAUAUAUGGAGCUAUGGGGUUGUACUAUGGGAGCUUCUGACUGGAGAGACCCCUUAUAAGAACAUCGACACUCUGGCAGUGGCAUAUGGUGUUGCAGUUAACAAGCUCACUCUUCCCAUUCCUUCCACUUGUCCCGACCAAUUUGCUAAGCUGCUUGAGGACUGUUGGAACCCUGAACCUCAUGAAAGACCUACAUUCCGGGAGCUUCUAGCUGUGCUAGAAGAGAUUGCUGACUCGCCAUUCAUGGAUACCCCCAACGAGUCAUUCCACACGAUGCAGGAAGACUGGCGGCUGGAGAUUGAGGAUAUGUUUAAUGAGCUCAGGAAGAAAGAAGCGGAGUUACGAUCGAGAGAAGAGGAGCUGUCGAAAGCUGCGUCAGAACAAAAACUGCAGGAAGAAUUCCUGAAAAAACGCGAACAAGAACUCGCUGAGCGGGAAAUCGAUCUCUUAGAACGUGAACUAAACAUUCUUAUCUUACAUCAAAACAUAAGUAAACCCGUACCAAAGAAACGUAAGGGAAAAUUCAAGAAAAAUAAACUCAAGAUGCUUAAGAAUAGUGGAGGGAAAAUCAUCAGCGAACCUUCAGAUUUCCGCCACAAUAUAACAGUGCAAUCAGAGACUCCGACAGCGCACAGUAAACGUGUUCCCUCGACCCCAGAAACUCCCCCUCCCCCGGGAUCACCCGGCUUUCCUCCCAGACUCAGGGCUAUAGCAUUUCCAUUAGAUGGCAUUAAGGGCAAGACGUGGGGACCAAGUACGAUGGAACGACAUCGCCACCACCACCAUAGAGCACUACAAUGGAGCAAGAGUGCCCCUAAUCUCGAUAAAACUCUCCGUCAUGUCGGAGGACAUUCCAAUAUUGGGGCGCUCCAGGAGUUAGGUGAGAGGUCGGAGGAAGAUGACACGUCAGAUUAUGAAGAUGACGAAUGGCCAGAGACCCCUGGUGAGGCAAAACAGAAACACAUUCCGAGUACAAACGGUGAUGAUGGAUUGGGGCGUAGUCAGAGCCUAAAACGUUAUGCAGAGCGUAAACGUAGUGAGGUUGUGCUGUGUGGUAUUGGUUCAAUGCUUGCCUCAGUGGCAGUAGGUUUUGAUAUUAGAUCAACAUUAAACUCCUCUGUGCAUCCCAACCUUCAGAGUGGGGACUCAGAUACCAGGAAAAAAAGUCCCGGAGUUAGUAUGAAACGAGAUGCGUACUUAGCUGCAAUGAGGGACAAUUUCUUAGAACCGGAGGGAGAUUAUGCGAAUUAUCAUUACAGUAGCUCUGCCAGUUAUCAUAAUACAUAUCACGGCCAGCAGAAUCGCUAUAGGCCUACUCCUAACUUUGACUAUCCCAUGAGGUUUACAGAUGCUGGUGACUCUCCGAGGACAGGGCGUAAUACCCCCUCGUCUCAUACUACUACCCCCUCACCAUCUCCUCGGCGAUCAACAGACACGUCAUCAUCUAACGAGAACAAUAUGUUCGCAUCAGUGUCACCUAGAGACAUUAACAAAGAGAGAGAGUUUAGGUUUAAUCGGUCCGGCUCAUCAGACUCUCGGGUGUAUCAGCGCCAGGCUUCAGACACAAGCUCAGUGUUUGAGACCCCUAAGGGCACCCCCAAGACAACCCCUCAAAGACAAGUUAAAUUUGAGGAUGGAGUCUCCCAUAAUCCAUAUACCCACAGACGCUCACCAUCUAAUACCUCGAACACGUCAAGCCAGGACCUGAACCCGCGGGCGACCCCUGACUACCCUACUGACAAGUUCAAUAUCCCCUGUCCCCCACCACCCAGGCGACUCAGUAAGGACCUUAUAGAACGCCCAACCACGUUAGAUAUUAAUAUCACCCCACGGCCUCGCCCCCAGGGCAUUCUCAAAUAUCCCUCCCCCGCCCAGCAGACAACCCCCAAAACCAACACUCCCACCCCUGAUAACACUAACAUUAGUAACAGUGACUCGUCUUUCAAGUCAGCCAAGUCGCGUCUCAGCCCAGGUAGCACUCCCCCUCAUAUCGUACAGGAGAAAACCCUCCUAGAUAUUGACGUUGAGGGGCAAAGUGCGGACAAUACUGCUCCUCUUGUGAGGCCUAAGCAACACCUGGGCGCCCAACAGAGGCGGCCGUCUGUCUCAGAGCUGGAGAGAGAGUUCUUAUAGCCAUACACUACAUUGAACAUUGUCUAUGCAACAUCCUCCUCGGCAAAGCAACUUUACAUAAACAUAAUGGAUGAAUCACUCUUGAUAAAAUAAUUCAAAUCUACUGGAAGCAACUAGACAGUUUGCUAAAUGUGUCUUGGAAAACACUUUAAUCUGGUUCAGCCAUAACAAAAUACCUUUAAAUUGGCCAACUUCUUUGUUUUAAAAAAUGUUCAUUCCACAUGAAAAUUAUUUAGCUUAAUUUUUUCAAUAUUUUAAAGACAGUGGUUGAAAGACCAACUCUUUACUGCGAAUAUAACUCUUAGAAUAUUGUACAUAAUUUCAAUAGUUCACCUUGACCUACUGGUGAAAGAAGUUGAUCAGAGGAGAAGGGUCCAGGGUCCUAUAAACUACAUCUCAUACUGUUCAUGUACCAAGUUAUUUUCCCUUUGCACAUGAAGCAUUUGAAUGUUGCAUAGACAUUUGUUCAAUAUCUAUAUUGGCCAGUAGGAAAUCGUGUACAUUGAGUUAGAAGGCACAAAUAUAUUUGUAUAUAUUUUUGUUCAAUUCACCGGGUAACUUAAUUCUGUACAUUAUAUCUCAGGUUGAAGAUUUAUGUGCAUUCUGUGUAUGUGC